CCAUCAUUAAGAAAAAAAAAACAGAACAAAAGAAUCUGAAUAGGAUCGGCGGCGACAUCAACAAAAGCAACCACAUCAGAAAACCCACUUGAACAAAAAAAAAAAGAAAAAACAGAGAGAUGGGGGAAGAACAAGAAGAUGGAGGACAGAAACUGAAGAAGAUAGCAGCGGAAGCAUAUGACUAUGAAAACGAUCCGAGGUGGUCGGAUUAUUGGUCCAAUGUUCUCAUCCCUCCUCACAUGGCUUCUCGCUCCGAUGUUAUCACUCACUUUAAACGCAAAUUCUAUCAGCGUUACAUUGAUCGUGAUCUUAUCGUGGAACCGAUGACAACAAGCACUACCUCGCAGACUGCAAGAUCGUCUCCAUCAUCAUCCACAUCAUCUGCAAGUGAACGUAGGCCACCUCCCAGCUCAGGGUCCACUACAAGAGCAGCAGGGGCAUCAACUCCGAGUUCAGCUCCUUUACGUUGGGAUCGCCAAACCAUUCAGUUUUCUGUCAAUGCUUGGGUCCUAGUUGUGGCUGUGCUUGCCAUGUUUCCACUCAUACCUAAAAGCCUUUCUAAUAGGGCAUAUCGUCUCUCAUUUAUGGGCACUGCUUGUUCGUCACUGUAUUCUCUCUACUCUCUUUAUGGGAAACCAAGGGCAUGGAAUAUGCCAGAAGUGCAAUUGUGGCUACAAUCAAUAAUUGCAACUAAAGAUUUUAUCUAUACAAUUUACUGCCUGACCUUUGUCACCUCAAACCUUCGCCUUACAUUUGCUUUGCUGCCGGUUGUAUGCCGAUCCUUGGAACAUACGGCAAAAUUCACCAGGCGUAAUUUUAGUCGUUCUUCCUUGUACAGGAAAUACUUGGAAGAGGCUUGUGUCUGGGUAGAAUCGAACUCAACGACACUCAGCAUACUGUCUUCACAAGCUGAGAUCGGGAUUGGAUUCCUUUUGAUCAUCUCUCUGCUAUCGUCGCAGCGUAACAUCAUACAAACUUUCAUGUAUUGGCAGCUGUUGAAGCUCAUGUAUCAGGCACCUGUUACUGCUGGUUACCAUCAAAGCGUGUGGUCUAAAAUUGGAAGGACAGUUAACCCCCUUAUAUAUCAGUAUGCACCAUUUCUAAACACUCCCAUCUCUGCUAUACAACGGUGGUGGUUUAGGUAAACAAUAGCAUUUGCAUGGGAAGUAACAGAGGAGAAUAAGGAUCAAUAUAGAACAAUAAUAUUAUGUAAUGUAGCUAAGUUGAAUCGUGUUCACUGAUGGGGAGUUUUUACAUGGUCUCAUUUCUGGCUUUGCACAAUUCCAAAGUCAUAAGUUGAAUAUGUUAUGUGAUGGAUAAGUUUUAUUGUAGUUGUUAGACUUAGACCCAAGUUUUAGUAAUUCACAUUUUGGUUUUGGUUGGAUUUAUAAAGGCGAAACGUUUUAUAAAA